CAGUAGUGUUUUUGGAGCACUUAGGGCAUGGGCUUGCCAGCCAUGUUUUGCAGAAGGUGACAGACCCCAGAGGAAUGAGUGGCCUGGACCUACAUGGCCUCAAAGAGACACCUGCAGAAAUUUAGUGAAGAUUCCAAUGGCAGUCAAGCCUCCGGCGCUGCGCUGGGAUCAAUGCCCUUCGCUGACGGCGAAGAUAGCGACCUCGUUGAACACGAAGAAGAUGUCAAGCACGAAGAAGAUGUCGAGCACGAAGAUGUCAGUGGCAGCAGCAACAGCAACAGCAACAGCAGUGAUGACAGUGGCACCAGUUCAGAAUCCUUUGCAGAUGAUUCUCAGGAUCUCCCAGACAGAGAGGUGAUGCUUCCUGAGCGUAAACGGAAGGGAUUCAACGUGGCAGUUGCCAACCUUGCAGAGCAGAGUGUUCUCAAGGAUGGAUACCUGCUGCCUGCUGUUGAAGGAAGUGAGGUCUCUGACACUGAGCAAGAGGCUACGAAACCUGACGACGGUCCAGCUCCGACGCAAACAGAAACAUCAAAGCGGCGAUUGGGAAUCAUGCUGACUCCCGUUGGGCGACUUGAACCAGAGCAGCAAGCGCCGGAGGGUCAAGCUCAGCGAGACAAUGUGAAGAAAGAUCCAGCAGCUGCUUUUCCUCUCUUUUGGGAGGAGGACGAUGAUUUCCCAGUAUUCAUGGUGCAGACAUCUCUUGACCCGGUUCAGCUUGAGAAGGCAGUUCUGCACUACAGAUCGCUCCCACCUUCACAGUUUCGCCAGUACCACUGCUUGGUAAAUCUGGCCUGCUGCCUCAUGUCCUUAAACCAAGCCAGACAUGCCCGCAGCCAUCUGGAGCAGGCAGCCGUCAGUCUUCCCAAUCGAGCCUCCGCACAGCUGAAUCUCAUUGCCUGUUGCCUGCGAAUCCGGGAUCGAGCAGCAGCUCUUCAAGCCCUCCACCAGGCAUUGCGAAAUGCAGAGGACUUGCAGGCUGACGAUCAUCGAUUGCUUCUGCGAACUAGAAAGGAGCUCACAGCAAAGAUCGAAAAGUCUGGUUCUCGCAAAGCAGGGGCUGGACAAAGCAAAGAUGCUUCCAAGCAAGUCAGGAGGCGCCCAGCAGCCAGAUAUCAGGUGAUCACUCGACUGGAGGCCUGGCAAAUGAGGAAAGAACUUUUGGCUUUGCGAAGCACGGAUGCCACUGAGGAAGUGAAACCGCCCUGGAGACGGCGGCAUGUAUACAGCCAAGACUCCGAGCAGGCCAUUUACAGCAAAAAGGCCCGGUGGCAACCCUUGAGCCCCGAGGCGUUUGCAUCGCUUCGUCAAGCCUUCGCCGAAAUGGCGGAGCGACAAGAGGUCAGUGCCUUUGGUGCCCAGUCUGAUGAGGAGGAAGACUCCGACAGCGAUGAAUCUAGCGAUGAUUCCGAGGAGGAGGAUGGAACCGAUGCCAGUGAACGUUGUAAGGCUGCACGCGCCUAUGCUGCGAUCAAAGCCUUGCCAUGCAUGAAAGCUUUGGCAAAAGAAAGCGCUAUCGCGGUACUUCAAGCUGGAGAGCUGGUGGAUUACGAGCGCGACAGUCAAAUCUUCGAGCAAGGAGACCCUGCGCUUCAUGUCUACAUCGUCGUGAGGGGGUCUGUCUCUAUCAGGGUGCUGAUUCCAGGACUUGGACAAGAUCGAAUUCCUGUCGAAACAUUAUACGAUGGGCAGAUCUUUGGCGAUGCCAAGGUGGCCUCGUGGAAUGAUGCAGAGGCGCCGCCGCAAAGAAAAGCUGGAGCCAGGGCUCAGGAGGCCACCUGCUUGCUGCGCAUUCCAGCAGCAGCAUACCGGCAGGCUUUGGGUCUUGACCGCAAGCGCCCAAUCAGGAAGAGCAGCUUCGGAGAAGCAGACGAGGAGGGAGCUGCGCUCUUACCAGAUGUUCGGCGGAAGGUCCACGCAAUGGCUCGUUCUCCUUUGUUUGCUGGGGCCACCACCAACAAUUUGGUGCUGUUGGCAUCCAACCUUCAGGAGGUGUCUCUCCGCUACGACGAUGUUUUUGUGGAAAUUGACCAGGCUCUACAGGCAUGUUUUUUGAUCUCCGCGGGCUACCUCCGAGUGGCUGUGCCAGGUGUGGAUAUGGAAGCCAGGCUUGGCAGCCUGGAUGAUGCAUCAAGAGUCAUUGGAAUGGGUAGGCUUCCGGAAAGAAGCGGGGAAGCAAGCCGGCCAGGAAGUGCCACAGGUGCCAUAGGAAGCACCAGCUCUGAAAUCAAAACAGCAAAACUGCCUUCCCGCUUUAGUUUGAACAAAAACAGUGUGGAGUUGCCUGUGUUCCAACUUGGCGAGCGACCUCUUUUGCUUCCUCCAAGAAGCACAUCAUCUGUGGUCAGUGCGCGGUCGACGCGGCUGACCCCACGAAAGCCUGGCACACCAAGGAGAGGCACGCCGUGGCAGCACUGCUUACGGCAGACUCGAGUUGCACCUUUCACGGGUGCAGCAGAGGGAGAUAUCGAACUAUGUCACCUCCACGCUGGAGAGGCAUUUGGCCUGGCCGCCCUUUAUGAUCCGAAGGGAGAGUGCCCAUACUUGUCCAGCGGUGAGGUGCGUGUGCAAAGUAGCGAGGCCAAGAUUCUGGUGUUAACACCUGGGAGCCUCGUAUAUUUGAGUGAAACAGUGUCACGCAGCCUGGUGGAGAAGGCGAAGAAGCAAGAAGAUCCCAUAGCACCUUCACUACAGAGUAUCAAGAGAGAGCGGCUGAACCGAUCCAAAUGGAUAGUUCGGAAGCACAAGGUCUUGCAUCGCGUAGUGAUGCGAGAGGAUUGAUGCCGACGAAUCGCCAGGUCGCAUUUUUGGCGACUGGCUACGAGCCAUUGUGAGCUCGUGUUAACGGACCAUGCCAAGAGUGUUUGACAUAAUGACACACUUGCGAGGAAUUCUGGUCAAGAGCUGUUUGGUACAAGACGUAUCAAUCACCAGUACCAGGCCUGCGACGGUUUGCGCAGAGCUGCGCAGAAGCAUGCAGCGUGCUUUACUUGCAGCAAACUCGUUAGCUUGAAGCGGGGCUGCGCAAGCAGCUUCGGUCCAACUUUCGGGUGAUACGCAGCUCACGUCAGCUUAGAAUAUUUUAGUUCACACGAGUUCCGUUUCAAUCUUGAAUUCAAGAUGAGACCAGGAUUGCGGUACUGUGAUGCAUAGCGUGUUGGAUGCACCGCAGCUGAUUGUCCUACAGCAAGCUUUGAAGCAUAUGCAAGCCA